GAAUCAUAACUAGCUGGUUCACUGAUGCAUCGUACCUCAUUCCGAUCGAAGCAUUAAACGAAGCAUUGUUGCUCUUCUUCAGUCUUCAACGAAAACCCAUCGCAGAUUCUCUGUAGAAUGUCGCAGUUCAUUUGCAUGGCGUUCGUUGUUUUAACAGCGGCAGCCUUUGCUGCUCAACAAGGCAAUGUUCACUCCAAUGGACGGUUUGUAUUCCUCACCCCCACUUUGAACGAAGGAAGUGAAACCGAGAGCACGGAAACCGAGAGCACGAUCAUGAGCGAUUCUGUUCGAAAUGGUACUAUGUGUUCCAUCUCAAGCGUUCCAUGCAGUUGCGUGACCACCACAGGUACUUGCAGUUGCCCUACCAGCGGUUGCAUUUGCCUGGCACGUCCUUGUGUCGUUACCUUUGGCGGCCAUAGAGCAGUGAGAGCCAGCAGCAGCAGCAGUAGUAGUAGUAGCAGCAGCAGUUCCACGGGUACAACGGCUACGGGUACCACGGGUACAAGUACGAGCACUAGUACCGGUACUAGUACCAGCGGUAGCACAAGUACCAGUGGAAGCAGCAGCAGUAGCAGCAGCAGCAGCAGUAGCAGUAGCAGCAGCAGCAGUAGUAGUAUCAGUACUACCACAAGUACUAGCACAGGUACGAGCACUGUUACCAGCUGUGUCAAUUGCGUUUGCACUACCACCGUAUGCGUGAAUGGUGUAUGCGGCGCUCCCACCACCAGUGGCACUUUUUGCGGCUAAAAUGGAUCGGUUAAACCGGCCACUAAUUGAGAGGAGUGUUGAGACUAGUUUGCGUAUGUAAUAGCAACAUGUCAGUGGAUUGUCAUUGAGGUUAUUUGCUUUUUGAAAAGUUUUGAAAUUCAUAUGAUCCGUUUAACCUAAUAAACUGAUAAUUGGUGUCUUUGUUUGUUUUCCAUCGUUCGCUCUGCAUACGUCUUUGCAGAGACCUGUUUUUCUUU